GCCGAGAUCAAGAUGCAAACCCUCCUACCACAUCUGUUCCUAUAAAUACAUGAUAAUUGGCUCAAGCCAUCACCACACGCACCAAAUUGUUUCAGAUCAUUUCAUCUCAAAUACAAGAGUCCAUUUCCUUGAAAGGCAACACAAGGAACCAUGAUCAGCUCAAAGAAGCUAGCUCAUUUGUCCAAGAAGUGGCAGGGAAUGGGCACAAUUGGGCGAAGAAGGGUCACAGCAGUGGACAAGGAGAUCAACCCGUCUUGCAGCUUAGUUGCAGGCAAGGGUAACUGCGUUGUCUAUUCUUCCGAUGGGAAGCGAUUUGAGAUCUCCCUAGCAUACCUCCGCACGACAGUCUUCGUGGAGCUCCUGAAGCUGUCACAGGAGGAGUUUGGUUUUGCAAGUGAAGGGAGGAUCACACUGCCUUGUGAUACGGCAGCAUUGGAGUAUGUGAUGUGUUUGCUGAGCAGAGAGGCCUCCGAAGAUGUCGAGAGGGCACUCCUCAGUUCCGUAGUGAUGCCUUGCCACCACCCAAGCAGAAUGGUGCAACCACCCAGUGGACUUAACCAGCAAUUUGCUGUGUGCAGCUCCUGAAGAUGAAGAUACAUACCAAGGGCUUUCAGCUUGCUUUCUCCCAUCUUUUUCCCUUCCACCUUUUUUCCCAACUGUACCUUUGGAGCACGGUUUUUGUGCAAUGUUUUUCCAAUGGUACUGUGGGUGUGCAGAUGGAUGCAUGUAAAAAUAAUCACAUUAUGAAUAGAAAAGAAGGAAUCAAGCACUCUCUUUCCGCGAAAA